AUGGACGUACCGAAAAGCACGACUGUUAUACGCUUCUCGCGGCAUGGUGCUAAAGUUGUGAAUGAAGUUGCUGUGCGGUUUCUCAUAGACCAGACGUCUAUUCCUGUUCCGUUUAUUCUGCAUUUGGGUACGAAGGAGAGUCCCCUUAAAUUGAGCCCAUUUAUCAUGAUGAAUUACAUUGAGCAUGGUAUGCUUCAACUUUCCAUUCCGUCGUUUUCUCGGAUAGGAUCGCUCGGCCAGAUCGAUGAUUUUACCUGGGAUGUGACACGCCGGCCUUUGUCGAUGAUUACGAAUGAUCUUAAGCGACGAGGGGGGUUGCCGCGAUCAAGGCUUCCUGAUGAAAACACUACAUUCGAGACAUCUUCGUCAUACCUCGAAGCCCUCGCGAAUGACACUGUGGAGUCCGUAGAUGACUGUCGACGGAAGUCUGGUCUGCAGAUUGUCGGCGUGGUAGAUUGGGAAUUCAUAUACGCACCGCCCUGGUGGCUAGUCAUUAAAAAACCUGAGUUCUGGCCAAGUGACAUUGACGACUGGACAAUAGUUUUUGAUUAUCGUCUGAAGACAUCCCUGGUUGCGAUGAAGAAUUGCGAAGACACAGCAAUCCAACAGGGACAGUUGAGAGAGGGCCACGACUUUCUGGCCCUAUGCAGGAAGAGGGUUGACUUGCUAGAUGAGAGAGAAAAAGUAGAGAUGGAACGAUUAGUGGCGAGGAGAGAGAGAGAUAUGGAUAGGGGCUUGACGUGA